UUUGUGCCAAACCAAAUCAGUAUUUUUCUAUAAAAUAAAAAUGUUCUUUGGGGCUACAAAACAUGUCUUAGAAAUUUAUAUUUCUUUAUCGACUAUUUGUAACUUCAGACCUUUACAAAAGUAAAUAUGAGCAUAAACAAGGUAAUUUAAAGCUUGAUCAUCAUUAGAACGAGGCAAUUUUGCUUUGUAAGACAGUCCUAUACCUGCUUUUAAACAUGUAAUAGUUUUUAAAGUUCUCCACCUACUGGAUGAUCUGAAAAUCACAUGAUAAAAUAGAUCAAUCUUGCUUUGUCAUAAAAAACAACUUUGAUGCAUUAAGCUCCCCCAGUUCCGGUAAAAAGUGUCCAUAGGGUGGAAUUGUGAUAUUUCAAAACCAAAUAGCCGACUUAGUGCCCAAUUUUGAAUUUAUAGUGGUUUAUCUCUAAUCACCCAAAGUCAUAAUUAUACACACAGACUCAAAUAUUUACAAACGCCCACACUGUUUUUCUGAAUAAAUGUGUCUUGGCACACCACACCCAGUUUAUGGUGAAUAUUUGACCACUUUUUUUAUAAGAAAUAACAAAUAAUUUUUGUUUUUCUGCAUAGACCUGACUUAAAGCAUUGCUUACCCAUUUUCAAGUUGAGGCCAGGGUCAUUCCUAAAGCAUAAUUUUAGCUUCCUUGAUCAACUCUAGGACCAAUUAUAGUCUGGACUUUUAAUCUUGCUGGAAAACUCAACUUUGUCCAUUUUUUAAGAUAUCUUUGACUUGAGGUGAAAAUCUAGAAUUGGGGCAAAAUCUUAUUUCCUGAUACAUUCCAUCAUCUUUGCAAAUACACUCACACCAAGACAGACCCUCACAUGAUGCUGCCACCACUGGACUGGUCAGUUGGUACCUGACACUUAUUAGGUACUCAGGACAAUUGUCAUAAAGCCAUGACUUCUCCAAGCACUGCUUUGUUAUUAAAUUAUUAAAUUACCAGAGACUGAACAGCUGAUGUGUCCCAAGUAAUAGAAACUUCAAGAAGAAGGUUCUUCAGUCUGUUGGAACAAAAUGUUGCUUUUGAACACAAAAUUCUGCACCUCACCACAAAGUUACACUUUUCACCAUGAAGAAUGGUGCUGGCAUCAUAAUGACAUGGUGAAGCUUUUCACAGGAAUGUAAAAUUAAAUUGGUGGAUAAUUUGAUUCAACCUGCCAGAAAACUACCAUAAAUACACAGCAAAGGCGACAGACAAUAAAGUGAAUGUCUGGUAGUGACCAAAUCUAAAUCCAUAAUAUUGUGUUCAUUAUAUGUAGUCAUCCAACUUUCUGUCAGUGUUAUCUAAUCAGGAUAUAUUCUGUAUUUCGCUGUUAUAAAAAAAAAUAGAAAUUUCGAAGUUCAGGCACAUCUAUGUUGGUUGGGGAGGAAUUAAACAAUAUUUCUGGCUAUUUUUUAUUUUUUUUUGCUCGCAUGAUUCUGUUGAGAAAAACUAAGCUAUUAAAUAGUUUGAAGGUCAUUAUCAUAUUUAAAUUUCUAUGGCAUAGAGAGGAAGCAAUACAGGAAGCAAAGUGUAACAAUCUAAGGUUAAUUUAAUCCCACAGCUUAUAAAAAAUCCCCCUAAUUAAACUGUAAAUGAUAAGAGUCGAAUCUUUUCUCCUUCCCUUCACUCCUAGGACAGCAAGACAACCUUUGACUUGUGAGGUUAUUUUCAGGUGGGUUAAAUAAAACGCUGGAAGAAUUCUGGGUGGAAAGAAACUUUUAAAUACUGCAAAAUAACUCUGGUCUUCUCUCUCUAAACAAAGUAGUAAUUUAUCUGCCUUCACUAGCUGACAUAAGGCUAUAAAAUCAGUGUUAUUGUUCCAGCAUGUUGCCAAAGAUCAUUAUGUCAUUUAACCUUAGUUAACUUUGAACCCUUGACAUCUAAAAUCUCUUGACACACCACCCCCUCCUGGCAGGGCUUCAGUCACCAGUGCUGACACACUUACAAAAUAAGAUAAUAAAUGAUAGAAACAUCACAUCAAACGAUGUAUAUAAUGACACACAUGGAUCAAACAUUCAUAUUACCUGGUGCUGCAUUUAAUCAGACAUAUUAAAUGCGUCCGAUUGAGAUCAAGGGAAUAACAUCCUGAUCAGUGAAAGAAAUGAAUAUGCAUAGACUCAAGCACUUCAAGUAAUUUGUCUUUUUACCUUCAGAUUACAUUUUUUUGUCAAAAUAAGUAUCCUGGAUAGAGCUAAAGUAACUACAUGGUGUCUUAACAAUUCUUUACAAUUACAGUUUUUCUAGACUUUGAUCACAUGCCAAAGAAUUUGGGUUCUUCAAGGACAUACGUCUUUUUUAUACAGCCACUUUAUCAUUUUUUUCUGCUCUAGCAAAAGUGAUAGACAAUUGAUAAAAAACUGAUACUCAGGCACAGAUAAACGGCUUGUGAUAUGAAUGUGUUAACGAUAAGCAUCCACUAGACCUAAUCUAGUGUGUCCCAAGCUUGACUCUUGGUUUCAUCACCUCAGUCAAGGUAGAAAGGUCUUCCUUUUGAUAAAAGUGCAGAUAUUGAAGCAUUUAUGUCACACUGAACAAAAACAUAAGGAACUCUAAUAAAAAAGAAGACUGACAAGCUAUCAGGGACAAGAUAGAAAUCCCUGACAAGUGAAGGACUUUAAUCAUCUCUUUGUGGAAAUCACCAAGUACAUUCCCCAACUUAUAGUCAAACGUCCAACAAAGUAUGUGCUUUCACUGGCCUCAGUUUUUUUUUAAUUAAUUUAGAGCAAGUCUUAGCAUUAGUUUAGUCCACAUAUCUGUGUAAGCUCUUAUGUGGUAAUAACUUUAAAUAUCAAAGGUCUUCCUUAUCAGUAAUUGUUUGAUUUAGGUCAAAGACAUUGAAGGACGGGUAUGACCAGCUUAACCAAUGAACAAAGCAGUGAUAGGAAGAGCUUUGGUAACUUGAUUGAAUAGUAUAAUUAAAAAAGAAGAUUAAAUUCAGUCAGAUUUAAUGGUCGAUUAAAAAAAUAUACAUAUUUGCAUCAUUUAGCACUGUGUUUCUCAAAUGAUUGUGCAAACACCGUAGCAACAGGUUGUGUACUUUUGAGGUCAAGCAUAUAACCAGAGGUGAAUACAAGUAGUUCAGUCAGUAGUUUGAAUGAUUUUAUUACUAAGUUUUAUGUUCAAGGCAGUUGAUAUAGCUGGGCAUAUUCUGACUUUCUAACAUGGAAAUCCAAAUCCUGAGCGAUUCAUUCUUUUCAUCUUGAAACGCGUAAACCUUCCGUGCAAAAAUGACAAUGUGUGUUUAAAUCGCGUCUUUGAAUAUCUUUUCUUAUUCUAAAAACAAACUUCAAGUCCAAGUCCUGUUGCACUUUUGUUUUAAAGUAUUUUUGAGUUAUUACGAGGAAGAGCGUUUACCAAGGUGGUUGCAAAAAGUUUAGGAACCAGCUCCACUGAGGGCCCAUCCUUAAAUUUUCCCCCAAUAGUCAGACACAGAACAAAAGUUCACAGGCACACCUGCCGUAAUUUUCCAUUGAUAUGUGAUAGUUUGCUGAACACACAAUGCCACCACCCUAUGUAAACACACACACACACACACACACACACACAAGUUCAGCAAGAAAGCCAAGCAUUCAAUAAUUCAUUAAGUGUUUGCUGUGGAUAAUGCCUUGAAAAAACCUGAGCCUUAAACGGCCACAUCAUCACGCAGACGACGAGAUAAGAGCGUACGCAGCUUAAAAGGAGCACCACACCCGCAGUGGGACACUCCUUUCUGCACAGUGGUCCAGCUCGCCUCAAGCAGUCAACAUGACCUUCAACGGCACCUGGAAGGUUGAUCGCAAUGAAAACUACGAGAAGUUCAUGGAAAAAAUGGGAGUAAACAUGGUGAAGAGGAAGCUGGCCGCUCAUGACAACCUGAAGAUCACCAUCGAACAGACUGGAGACAAGUUUCAUGUGAAGGAGAGCAGCAGUUUCCGCAACAUUGAAAUAAACUUCACCCUGGGAGUCAACUUUGAGUACAGCCUGGCAGAUGGAACUGAACUAUCGGGUGCCUGGACCAUGGAGGGCGACACGCUAAAGGGGGUUUUCAACAGGAAGGACAACGGAAAACAGCUGACAACAAUCAGAACCAUCCAAGGAGAUGAACUCGUUCAGAGCUACAACUACGAAGGUGUGGACGCAAAGAGGAUUUUCAAGAGGAGUUAGACCCCGUCUUCUUUACUAAACAAAUGUGAAUUAUGAAAUUAUGUACAGUAUUGUGUUGAACUGUCACAUACGUCAACAUCCAAAGGUGCCAGAUUUGUGAUGCAUUUUUAUACCUGCAUUAAUAAAAUUAUAACAGCCAGUU